AUGGAAGCUCAUCCAUGUGCAAAACUUGUAAAACAGCAACUCCUUCAAACCCUGUAUAAUGUUCUUAACGUUCUGUCUCUUUUGAUUGUAAUAUCAACAGAAUGUUAUCUUGCAUUCAAAGCACGAACACCCAUUUCUUAUCUAUUCUUCAUUUCAUCAAUCCUUGUCCUAGUACUAUUUUUUAUCUUCAAAUACCUCAACAAUUUCAAUUCAUGUUCAAAUUCUCAACCCAUCUAUUUAGUAGAUUUUUCAUGUCUAAAGCCACCACAUACUUGUAGAGUGCCCACAUCAAGCUUCAUUGAACAUGCUACUUUGUAUGAAGUCUUUAACCAAGAUAGCAUCAAUUUUAUGGAAAAGUGCAUAAAAUUUUCGGGUCAAGGAGAAGAAACUUGCGUUCCACCAUCUUUACAUUAUAUACCACCAAAGGAUUCGCAUCAAGACGCUAUUAGUGAAGCACAAUUGCUUCUCUUCCCUGUCAUCGACGACCUUCUUUCCAAAACACAAAUUUCACCUCUUGAUAUCGAUAUCCUCAUUCUAAAUUGUAGUAGUUUCUCACCUUCCCCUUCACUUUCCUCAAUCAUCAUCAACAAAUACUCCAUGAGAAGUGAUAUUAAGAGUUUUAACAUCUCUGGAAUGGGGUGCAGUGCUGGUGCCAUCGGUAUUAAUAUUGCUCAAAACCUGUUAAAGGUCCAUAAAAGCUGCUACGCAGUUGUUAUCAGCGCAGAGAUUCUCUCUUCUGCUUGGUACAUGGGUAACGAUAAAUCCAAGUUACCAUUAAACUGUAUGUUCCGAAUGGGAAGUUCGGCCGUCCUGCUUACCAACAAAAAAGAAUCCAAAAACACGUCAAAAUACAAACUCUUUAAGCUAGUUAGAACUCAAAGAGCCUUCGACGAUAAAUGUUUCUAUGCUGCCAUGCGCCAAGAGGAUUCUAAAGGUUUUAACGGGUUCAACGUUAACCGUGACUCGUUCGGAGCUUUCAGUAAUACUCUUAGGUCCAACAUUGAAGUUUUGGGUAGAGUCAUUUUACCAACCAAAGAGAUGAUACGUUACGUUCUUUGGACGCUUCGAAAGAGAUUCUCGCGUGCAGAUGAUAAGCACACUUAUGUGCCAGAUUUCAUGUCUGUGAUACAACAUUUUUGUAUUCCGACAUCAGGAAAGUCAGUGGUAUUAGAGGUUGGGAAGGGCUUGAAUCUUGGUGAAAGAGAGUUGGAGCCAACGUUGAUGACGCUAAAGAGGUUUGGAAACCAGUCUGCUUCUUCCUUGUGGUAUGUGCUAGCUUACAUGGAAGCUAAGGAAAGAGUAAAGAAGGGUGACAAGGUUUGGCAAGUUGGUAUCGGCAGUGGAUUCAAAUGCAACUCUGCAGUGUGGGAAUGCCUAAGGCCAAUACAAAAUGAGUUACUCAGAGGGCCGUGGUCGGACUCCAUCAACCGGUAUCCGGUUAUCAAUGACUAACAUGGUCACUUUAAACGGCCAGGAUCUAAUUUAUUUUUUUGUAAGUUAAACGGCCAG